GGUGGAGUUACUGUUCCAUUGAAACAGGGGGAAUCGGUGGUUGCUGCGCUUUCAGGUGGAGUCAGUGGGUCUUCUUCUGCCCUAGGCGCUACUGUUUCAUUGAAGCAGGUGGCUUCGAUGGCUGCUGCUGUCACAACAUCGGACGGGAUGAUUCAUUCAUAUAGGGAGGCCCAUUAUUCGGACGAUUCGACCCGAUGGGCAACAUGAUCAGGAAGAUGACGCGGAUGAUUUUGAACCGGUGUUAGGGUCACAACAUCGGCGCGGGAUGGAUUCUUUAGCAGUAAGCUGGCUUCGCGUAUAUCUUUCGAGAUCCCACUCCCCACAUACUCUCGUCUAUUAAUGAGACGCACUUGAUCGACAACGGGACGAGCAGAUGACAUGGCAGCCUUACACAGCGGCUAAGAUGGACGCUCUGUCGCACAUAUGUACAUCGGUUCAUGAGAUUUGGAGAUCGCGUUGUCCACUUAUUUGCUUUGACAUCGUCGAGCUACAUCUCCCGGAUCGUGUCAUGCGUCAAUUCGGUUUGGAGCAGGUCAUUCCGCAAGCCUGUGACACCCAACCUCAACUACAUGCGAUCGAUCGGAGGACUGGGGACAAGAACUACCUCGUACGACAUAGAUCGCAUGUAGAUGCGUGGAAUGACCGAGCAUCUAGAUUGGUUCGAGGAGAUAACUUCACAGGUCAUAGCUCUGCUAUGUACAUGAGUUGGUACAGGCGUAUCUCCAUAUUACGCCUAACGAACACCACAUUUGCGCAGCCAGGAUCACAUUACCAUCCGACAUCUACGUUACUGGCUGAGCGCAUCCGAUCGGUGCUCAUACAUCGCCAGUUGAUGUGGGGUAUCGGCUAUUAUCUCAGAACCUAGGCUCCAUUAACACGUCGUUGACCGACGCAUUGAGUCAGGCGGGUUAUGAGUACCUCAUACCGACUCCACCCGUCAUUGGCGAGGUAGAUGACACAUUCCACACUCCUCCACGGAGUUCAGCCCACCGAGGUAACUCUUCUGGAGGAUCUAGUUCUCGGUCCAUAAGAGGUCGCCGGCGUUCAUCUACUCGAGGUCGGUCUUCUAGAUCGCCAUCGACAUCCGGUAUUAUGUCUCCAUUCGUUCCUCCAGCUUCCAUCACCACUCCUCCUCCACAUCCAUCGCCUCCGCAAAGGAUCAUCACAUAUCAGCGUGCUAGUCAACGACAAGCUCCUGCUCUUAAUGUCAUUCCGGAGGUUGACGAGUUCAUACCAUCAUCAUCCACCGAUGCGCAAAACAAAAGGUGUAAUACCCCAGAUUUAGCUUGAAAAAGAAUUGAUAGACUACUCAUAUCAACAAGGUGCAUCUUCUUUUCAUGGAACUCAUUUGCUAAGAACUCCACAGUUAAGCGUGCUUGGUGUGGAGCAAUCUUAGGAUGGGUGACCUCCUGGGAAGUUUUCCUGGGUGCGCACGAGUGAGGCUAAAGUGCACUGGAAAGACUUGUGUUGGUUUGUGGGGCUAGUCUAUAGUCUUCAUGAGUAGUCACUGGUGGUUCGUUGGGCCGGGGUGUUACAAAAGGGGCCGGGGGUUGUAGUUCAACAAACUUUGUACAUUCUUAUAUAAUUUGAACUUCUUGUAUGACUUUCCAUGAUUGUAAUAUAUCUUUGCAUUAUUUUCA